GGCGGGGAGCCGACGAGCCUGAGGAAGAGGGUGGCGGCGGUUGUUGUGACUGAGCGAAGCCCGGUGACAGGAUGUUGGUGUUGGUAUUAGGAGAUCUGCACAUCCCACACCGCUGCAACAGUUUGCCGGCUAAAUUCAAAAAACUGCUGGUGCCAGGAAAGAUUCAGCACAUUCUCUGCACUGGGAACCUUUGCACCAAAGAGAGCUAUGAUUAUCUCAAGACUCUGGCUGGCGAUGUUCAUAUUGUGAGAGGAGACUUCGAUGAGAAUCUGAAUUACCCAGAACAGAAAGUUGUGACUGUUGGACAGUUCAAAAUUGGUUUGAUCCAUGGACAUCAAGUUAUUCCAUGGGGAGAUAUGGCCAGCUUAGCCCUGUUGCAGAGGCAGUUUGAUGUGGACAUUCUUAUCUCGGGACACACGCACAAAUUUGAAGCAUUUGAGCAUGAAAAUAAAUUCUAUAUUAACCCAGGUUCUGCCACUGGAGCAUAUAAUGCCUUGGAAACAAACAUUAUUCCUUCAUUUGUGUUGAUGGAUAUCCAGGCUUCUACAGUUGUCACUUACGUGUACCAGCUAAUCGGAGAUGAUGUGAAAGUAGAACGAAUCGAAUACAAAAAGUCUUAAAGCCAGGCCUGUCUUGAUGAUUUUUGUUUUGUUUUCCAUUCCCCUGUUUAAAUCAAGUAAUUAAACAUUUAAAGCCACAAAAUUGUAUCACUUUUAUAAUAUUUUGCAGUAAAAUAUAAUAUCUUCUCUGUUAAUACAUAAUUGCUGUAAGCUUCUUAUAAGCUUUAAGAAUAUAUUUAGUUCACAGUAUAUGAUGUCUGUGAAAAAAUGUCCACCACAUAGUAAAUGAUCAGCUGUCAAAGAAAGUUUAUCCUGGUAAAUAUCUUCAAACUUGAUACUUGAAACUUUAUUAUGAAAGUAGUGCAUGAGGAGACAGAAUCUAGACUUUCUUGUAUACACUUUUCUCCAUUCAGAAAUAAACUUUUAUCUUCCAUUUA